ACUAACAAUACGUUGUUUCGAUUAUUUCGAAUCGUUCGUAUUUAACUUCAAGCGAUCUUACAGAUUAGUUAUUUGUUAAUUUAUAAAUAAUAUUAAUAAUUAUGACUUACCAUAUCGGGAAAGAUAAUUUAUGUUAUUUAUUCACAUAUGAUUUUUCACAAUUUUGCAAUAACAAACGAACCCAAUGAAAUGAGAAAAAAACCGGGAUACAUACAAACUCUUGUGAUCAUGCGCAGCAUGUAAAGUGUGAGACCCCUGAAGGAAGCGACGUGAACUUAAUUUCAGUUCAAAUCUGGCAUUCAACGGUCGCUAUUGUACAGAGAACAUGAGAAGCAUCGAAUCAUAACAUAAUCAAUCUGUUGAGUGCUAAGAGAUCGAAAGUGAACAGAAUAUCUGAUAAAAAAUUAACGACGACACGCAAUACAAAAAUGGAAAAGCAACAGAUACAAGUUUUCGUUCGCGUGAGGCCAGUAAAUGAUGCCGAGAGAGCUGGUACGUCAAUGAUAGUUGUUGAUACACCAUCUAACAAUGAGGUAGUUGUUCGUGAAAAACCUCAUGAUAAAAUUGCAAAAAAAUUCACUUUCAACAAAGUAUUUGGGCCUAAUUCGAAACAAACAGAAGUAUACAAUGCAGUUGUCAGUCCUUUACUUGAGGAAGUUCUGGGUGGAUAUAAUUGCACGGUGUUUGCCUAUGGGCAAACUGGUACUGGAAAAACUUUUACAAUGGAAGGAACUGACACUGACCCAUCAGUACACUGGCAAACGGAUACGAAUGCUGGCAUUAUACCAAGAGCUUUGAGUCAUUUAUUUGAUGAACUCCGUGUAUUAGCAGUGGAGAGCUAUUUUGUGAGGGUCAGCUUUUUAGAACUAUAUAAUGAGGAAAUUUUUGAUUUGUUAUCAUCAAAUGAUGACAGUACUAAAAUAAGGAUAUAUGAUGAUCCGACAAAAAAGGGAGCUGUAAUAAUACAUGGCUUAGAAGAAAUGCCAAUCUGUAAUAAGAAUGAAGUAUUUAAAAUCCUCCAGAAGGGAUCAGAAAAAAGACGAACAGCACCUACGUUAAUGAAUGCACAGUCAAGUCGAUCUCAUACAAUAUUUUCUAUUACUGUACAUAUAAAAGAAGCUACUACAAGUAGUGAAAAUUUAUUGAAGACGGGAAAAUUAAAUUUAGUUGACUUAGCUGGUAGCGAAAAUGUUGGCAGAUCUGGAGCUAUCGACAGAACAGCCAGAGAAGCUGGCAACGUUAAUCAAUCUUUGUUAACUUUAGGACGAGUUAUAACAGCGCUCGUAGAAAAAACCCCUCAUAUUCCUUAUCGAGAAUCAAAGUUGACACGACUACUUCAAGAAUCCUUGGGUGGAUGCACAAGAACUUCUAUAAUUGCUACAAUAUCUCCUGCCAGUAUUAAUGUUGAAGAAACAUUGUCGACUUUGAACUAUGCUCACAGAGCAAAGAAUAUUACGAACCAGCCUGAGAUCAAUCAUAAAUUCUCCAAGAGGACUAUGCUUCAAGAGUAUACCGGAGAGAUUGCGAGACUAAAAAAAGAUUUACUAGCGUGUCGUGAACGAAACGGAGUUUAUCUGACACAGAAAAGUUAUAAUGAAAUGCAAUCUCUCAUAGAAUUUCAAAAUAAAGAGAUAGAAGAGAAAUUGAUUCACAUUAAUGCACUUGAAACAUCUAUGAAUACGAAAGAGCAAAUAUUCAAUGAAUUGAAAACAAGAAACUCUGAACAAGCAAAUGAAUUAUUACACGUCGAUAAAAACUUGAAGGAGACAGUAGAAAAUUUAGAUCAUUUAUCAUCAUGUUUGUUAAUGACGGAACAAGAGAGAGAAGAGCAAGAACAUCUCGUCGAGAAACACGCGGCUACUGAAAACGUUCUGUACUCACAAGUACAAGAGGUGUUAAAUGUUGCUGAUACAGCUACUACAGAUGUGCAGAAACUUCACGACAAAAUUUACCGUAAAAUGCAAAUACAACAACAAAACAGCCGCCUUGGCCAGCAAUUUAAAGCGAAUAUUAACGAACGAUUAAAAGCGAUCGAAAAAGAUGAGCUUUUAAUGAAUAUUGAAAAUAUGAUGAAGUUUCAUUCAUUUAUGAAAAAUGAUUUUAACGCGCGAAUUCUUUCAUUCGCAGAGGAUAUAGAUAAAAAUAUUCAGUUUGUAUCUGUGAAACUCAUUGAUCGCAAGAAAUGUAUGAAAGAUCAAUUAAUGAAGUUCAUAAGUGAUUCUCAUUUAAGGUAUCAGCAGUUACUUGAAAAUGAAGGGAAGACUACUGCCGAUUUGACCGAGAAAAAACUUGAUAUAUUAAAUAAUGUGUCACUUCUGAUAGCAGAGAAAAUCCAUCAGUUAAAAGAAAACAAACUAGCCACGGAUUUCUAUGCUUUUAAAACUGACAUUUCUAAAAAAUAUAACGAUUUAAUCGAAUGUACAAAACGAUUAACAGUACUGAGCUCUAAACGGUUGGUCGAAGACCGUGACCGUUCAAUUAAAAAUAAGGUUGAGAUUCAAGAACUUGUCGAGCAUAUUAGACAAAGCCAGAAAGAUAUCUUAAACAAACAAAGGAAUUUUGCGAAGAUGAUGGAGGACUUACAACGUUGUUUCAAUGAGAUGCAGACAGAAGAAAACAAAAUUCAUUGUUUAACUCACGACACAUUGAAUAAUAUUGAUGGAAUUUCUGAAAUUAUGAAUAAACAGAUUUUAGAUAACUACAACGUAAACACAGAAAGGGAAAAUAGUUUACAAGAAACAUUAGAAAAUAAUUUGGAAACAGUAAAACAAAUCGUCAACGAAAAAACAGACAAGGCUCAAUUAGCGGCCGAAAAUAUAGCACAGUGUAAAAUAUUAAUAAGUCAGUUCCAAGAAGAUUUAACUAACAAUUGUAAUACAUUCAUAGAGUACAGAAACUCUGUGGAACGUAAUAUUACGGAAGUACAACAAAAAGCAAAAAAAAGUGAAAAUCUUCUGUUAUCAACUAUCAAUAAUAUCUACACAAAAUUGUACACUAUUGGUAACGAGCAUAAUAAAUCUUUGGAUCAAUAUAAAAUAGGAUUUAUAGAUGUACUAACGAAAAUGAGUGAAGUAUUUGAGGACGAAAACGAUAGUCUUGCGAAUGUAAAUGAUAAUAUUGUUGCAAACAUGCAAACAAUACAUGAAGAGAUCGACAAAUUAUUUACAGGCGAUUAUGACACUCCGACAGGUUCAACGCCUGUGAAAAGGAACUUUCAAUAUUCUAGGAAGCUCGUUAAAACUUCACCACAAGAUCAAAUUCUCAGAAGAUUUAGAGAAACGCUUCAUGAAAUUGAACAUACAGAGAACGAACCGGAAGAUAUAUUAAAUAAUGAUACACCCACAAAAUCAAUUGAGGGUACAAGCUGAAAAUUUACUUGGAGAUAUUAUUGUAGAAUUUAAGGUAAUUUUUAUAUUCUUUGAGUUUAAACUGUAAAUAUAUUAUAUUUUUUUAACUUUAUACAGAAAUAAAAUCGUAACAAUAUAGAGAUAAAAUCAGCUAGAAUCUUUCUGUCUAUAUGGAGGAAUUGACACAGGCGUUGUCACUCUUUAGUAAUCUCUCCUCAGUGAUUGUAGACAUCUUUUUAUUUAAACGUUUAGC